GAGACCAGAACUCUGAAACACUGAGUUUCAGAUCCCCAGAGUUUGAGGCUCCCUCACUUUUACCAAUCCGUCGUCGUUUUGAGGGCUGCUAAUCUGAAUUCCAAAGAUGGAUGCUUUAAGAAAACAAGCUAUUAAGCUCAGGGAGCAGGUGGCAAAGCAGCAACAGGCUGUGAUAAAGCAGCUUGGGGGGAGUGGUUAUGAAAGCUCAGAUGUAAUGGUGAUAGAUGAGGUUGAGAUGCAGAGGCAUCAACAGCUUGAGAAACUGUACAGGUCUACUCGUGCAGGAAAGGAUUUUCAGAAAGAAAUUGUAAAAGCAGCAGAAGCAUUAACAGCAAUAGGAUAUAAACACAUUGAAGCAGGGACCAAGUUGUCUGAGGAUUGUAGCAGAUAUGGUGCUGAAAAUGUCCAUGAUAAAAUUUUAGCUAAAGGUGCAUCUAUAUAUGGUGAUGCUCGUAAGCAUGUGGAAAAGGAACAAGAAGACUUGAAUAAGUUGUUAUCUUCACAGGUUUUAGAUCCGUUAAGAGCAAUGAUACUUGGUGCUCCUUUAGAAGAUGCUCGCCAUCUUGCACAACGUUAUAGUCGAAUGCGGCAGGAAGCAGAGACACAGGCGGUUGAAGUUUCCAGAAGGCAAGCAAAAGUAAGAGAAAUCCCAAAUCCAGAAAAUGUUGGAAAGCUGCAUGCAGCAGAAACAAAGAUGAAAGAAAUAAAAGCAAAUAUGGCAGUUCUGGGUAUAGAAGCUUCAGCUGCAUUGGCUGCUGUGGAAGCACAGCAACAAAGACUAACUUUUCAGAGGCUUGUUGCACUGGUUGAAGGAGAAAAGAAUUAUCAUCUGAGAGUGGCUGCCAUUCUUGGCGAGGUUGAAGCUGAGAUGGUCUCAGAGAAACAGCGUAAAGAGUCUGCUCCACCUGUGAUUCCCCAGGAGAGCUUCUCAGAGAAAACAAUGUACUUCUUGGCCGAAGCAACUCAUUCUUUCACUGCCGCAUCGGAGAAGGAACUAAGCUUGUCAGUGGGUGACUACAUUGUUGUGCGAAAGGUGAGCGCAUCAGGAUGGUCAGAAGGAGAGUGCAAAGGUAAAGGAGGGUGGUUUCCAUCAGCAUAUGUGGAGAAGCGUCAACGGAUCCCGACCACUGAUCUUUCUUCUGAUGUUUACUAAGGCGGGCCUCAAGUUCAACUUGCUGAUGACACAUUUGUAAGGUAAGAAGCAAAAGCAGCUAGUGCAUUACCUUGAGAGUCCCUGAGAAUACCUCCAAUGCCUCCCUUAAAAUCAUUGUGCAAAAACGCACCAUCUACCUUUAGUUUCAACAUACCAGUUGCAGGUGGCUUCCACUUAGGUUUACAGGUUACACUCGAUUUUGAGUUAGUAGAACUAUUUGCAACAACAAAGUCAUGAUACCAUGCCAUAGAUCCACAGAGAAUAUCAACAGCAGAUUGAGGCUUUUGUGACCAGAAGGUGUCAUUUCUAUUUUUCUAAAUACCCCAGAUAAAUCAGCAGUUUCUCAAACUUUUCAGAAGUCAAAGUUGAGGCUUGUUUUGUAAUAUAAUUAGAAAUGAGACCUAAUUCAGUAGACAACAAUAUAUAAAAAUUCCACUUUU